AUGUACCACCGGGUGGCGAUUCUGGAACGAGAUCAAAAAGACCAUAGAUAUCUAUGGAGAAAUCUUGAAAUUAACCGAGCUCAUGAUGUGUAUAUAAAGCUAAGACUAACGUUUGGAGACAAGCCAGCCCCUAUCAUGGCACAGACUGCUUUAAGAUUGACAGCAAGGGAAAAUGAAAUAGAGUAUCCAGAAGCAGCAACGAUCCUUAAAAGAGACACUUAUAUGGACGAUAUUUGCCCAUCUGUCAGAACUAAGGAGGAGGCAAGAUAUGUCUCAUCAGAUGUUUCAGAUAGCAACCCUGUAACACCUAACAUUCUUCUCAUGGGGACAAGAGAUCCCGCAUUGCCGUCAGUGGCAUUCAGCCCAAAUGAGGAAGUAACUGAGUCUAUUGUUAUGGUAGUCGAAAACCUGUUCAGUGUCGAUGAGAAUAUUUUAAUACAAAGUCAAAUGGAGAAUCAGGCACCUACUAGGAUUGUUGAGGUUCUUGAAGGUCAGUUGAGUAAUGUAGAACUAAAUGACGAAGGCAUUUAUGAAGAAACGGCCCCCAAUCUUGCAGUUCAGGCUCAAAGGUUUGAUGUCAAUCAGUUCAGUCAAGAGGAUAUCACUUACCUUAGUUAUAUAUCAGAAUCAGAUGAGAACAGAGUAGGUAAUAUUGAAGUACUUGAGGAUCGAGAGGAAAUACCCGAUGCUGCCAAUGUGUCAAUUGCUUUACCAGUCAGCAUAUUUGAUGUCGUCAAGAAAAAUAAUAUGACAGAUUUCAGGAUUGUAGUGGUUGUCUACAGCGGCAGUAAAUUGUUCCAAUCUGCUCUCUUUGUUAACAACAGCCUAAGUCGCAGACCAAAUAGUCAAGUUAUAUCUCUUUCAGUGCCUGGAUUAGACCGUGUGGAAUUGCAGGAACCAGUUGUUACUACAUUUAUUCCUCUUAAAAUCAAUGACAGUAUCAUAAAUACAAUGUGUGUAUUUUGGGACUUUGAACUUGACGGAGCUGGUGGAUGGUCAAGUGAGGGCUGCACGUUUGUAAAUGAAUCUGCGGAUGGGAGAGAUAGACAAUAUUGCGAGUGUUCCCAUCUUACCAACUUUGCUAUACUUAUGGAUUUUAAGAGGGUUGAUCCUCUUCCACCAUCAGCUACAAUCGUGACUACAGUUGGUUUAAGCAUAUCAAUCUUAUGUCUUUGCCUAACAGUUCUUACUUUAGUAACCAGCAGAAACUUUCGGCGGAGUGAACCCAGGAAAAUUCAAUGUCAGCUGUGCCUGUCUUUGCUUGGUUUGUACAUCGUCUUCCUUGCUGGAAUUGAUCAAACAGACAGCAGAGAAGGGUGUAUAGUUUCUGGGGCUCUUUUACAUUACUUCUUGCUAUCGUCAGUUUUCUGGAUGAGCGUUCAAGCAGUUAAUAUGUACUAUUUAUUAGUCAAAGUCUUUGAUGCUUAUGUACUGCACUUUUUUCUGAAAGGUUGCUUGUUUGCAUGGGGUUUACCAGUGGUGAUUGUCUUAGUUUCUGCAUUUAUUGAUAUUGAUAGCUAUAUCGAUUCUAAAAUUCAUUGUUUCCUGACCCUAAAGCGUAUGUAUUACGCUGUUGCAAUUCCUGUUGCUCUACCCUUACUUUUCAACACCUUAAUAUUCAUUAUGGUUUUACAUAGUUUAAGCCUACGUGGGAAAACAACAAAUGAUUCUCCACUAAAAAAUCAGAAAAAGAGAAACAAUGGGAUGAAAAUGUUACAAAAUGGAGUGAGCAUUACGUUGUUGUUGGGUUUAACGUGGAUUAUCGGCUUCUUCGCUAUUGGUGAUGCUGCAGUAAUUAUGCUGUGGCUUUUUUGUAUUCUUAAUUCUUUUCAAGGGUUUCUUAUUUUUAUCAUGUACUGUGUCAGAAAUAAAGAUGUACGUACUCAAUGGUGCAAAAUGUUGCGCAUUUUACCAUAAAAAAAAACAAGAAAAAAAAACAUUUUCUAGACUUAAGUAAAAGUAAAUCUUGUCUUUAUCUCCUAGCCAUUGUAGAAAUAUUUUCAACGAAAAAAAUAAGUUAUUAGGCUUUAAGAAAUAUAUAUAAAGAUAAUAAUGAAAAUGUAUUGUGCACCGGUAUCCAUCCGUAAAAAUGCUUAUGGCGCAUCGACACGGCAAUGCAUUAGAUUGUUCACGUUUUCGAAUGCUUUAUUUUUUUGCUUCUAUUUUUACUGUUUUAACCAAUAUACUGAUGCAGUUGUGCUAAUUAUUACUGAUUGAGUCUAUUACAUAAUGUUGGAUGAUAGGCCGAACAUUUUCAAUACAUGCUAUGUUAUAUUGUAGAACUUUAUUGUUCUUUCAUUAAUCUAGUUCAACCAAAAAAUAAGGUUAUAGUCUAACCAUAAGUGGUUAUAAUUCAACUAAAGGAGAAAUUAAAGAAAGUGUUGAAUAACCUUUGCGUUUACACGUUUUAUUUGAGGGCAGUACAUCAUUAC